CCGCCGGGGGUGCUUCGCGGCGCGCCGGUUCUAUGGGGCUGGCCGACUGGUGGUGCUGCUGUCGAGGCGCUUUGGCCGGCGAGAAGGAACCGCUGGUCGGUCAUAAAAUGUAUACUGCAUUUGGGGCCAUGCAGGCCUCUGAUGAAGAGAACAACCUGUGGAGCACCCCUCAGGACAUCUCUCACAUGGAAGCAGAUGAUGACCGGAUCCUCUAUAACUUACUUGUGCUUAGCGAUAAACUCGACAAAGGCUCUGAGAAAUGGCAAAGGCUGAACUAUAACAUCCGUACAGUACGGCAAGUGCGAAAAGAAGUGAGAAACAGAUGGAAACACAUAUUGGAAGACUUGGGCUUUCAGAAGGAAGCAGACGACCUGUUAUCUGUGACGAAGCGAAGUAUUGUCAGUAAUUCUCGGAACGCAAGCAAAACCCGUGAGGUCCUCUUGAAACUGUCUGAAGAGACAACUAUCUUCCCAGAAACCUGGGAGCUUUCAGAGAGAUACCUCUUUGUGGUGGACCGUCUUAUUGCCCUUGAUGCUGCUGACGAAUUCUUUCAAAUGGCCAGUGUCCUGUAUCCGAAAAGAGCUUGUACUGUGAAAGAGGAAGACACCCUGGGAAGAGCCCGCUGCAGUUCUGCUGUCUCAACACCAUUCCGCUAGGGGUGGGACUGGAUUUUCGUUCUCAGAGGGAUUAGCCAGUGGAGCAAAACUAGUAUGUCUUAGAAGUGCCAGACAAAUUCACCACUGGACAGCGUGCAGCACAGUACAGUAGGCAACACCAUUUCGGGAGAAGCUGAGAGACGCUUCGGUGGUGAGCUUUCAGUAAUCAGGCUGUGCUGGAGAUUUGCUGGCUCCACUGAUGCAAGUCUCGCAGCUAUGAUGAAUGUAAAAAGUAACAGCACUGUACAAAGCAUUUGUUCAUGUAGGUGAAUGUUUUUCCUUUGCCGACUCUAUCCCUGUCUGCUAAACCCCAGUCAAACAAAGACAGAAAGCUAUGACACAAGCCACACAUUUCCUGAACAGUAUCAAAAGUGCAGUUAAGGUAAGGGCAUGAUAAGAGUACUGUUGAGUUAAACCAGUGGGCCCUUUAGUCCAGCCUCCUGUUUUACAGUGGCCAACCAGGUGCUGUGGUAGGGUUGCCAGCUCCAAGUUGGGAAAUUCCUGGAGAUCUGGGGGGUGAAACCUGGAGAAACCUGGAGAAACCUGGAGAAAGUGAGGUUUGGGGAGGGAAAAGACCUUGGCAUGGCAUAAUUCCAUAAAGUCCACCCCCAAAAGUAGCCAUUUUCUCCAGGUGAACUGAUCUCUGGCCUGGAGACCAGUUGUAAUUCCAGGAGAUCUCCAGCCACUACCUGGAGGCUGGCAACUAUGCUGUGGAAGGCGAAAAAAACAGCUGAAGAAGUGAGCUGGGACUCACGAAAGUUUGUAUCUUACCACACAUUUCAUCAGAUACCUGAAGAAGUGAGCUGGGACUUAUGACAGCUCAUACUCUACCAUAAAUGUUGUUAGUCUUAUAGGUGCUACUGGACUCUUGCUUUUUUCUACUGCUACAGACAGACUAACAUGGCUACCCAUCUUGAUCUGUCUUCAUGACACAGAGAUAAAUAUCUACACUUGAUCUUCGCCAAAAGGCCGAGAGAUAAAUAUCAUCUGGUAUAUAACAUUCCAUUAAGCCUCUGUUAAAGACACAGGGUAUUUUUUUCUCCAGGCAGUUGGCAACCAUAGAUCUGGGCUACAUAUGAACAAGGAGGCACAUUUCCACACACACACAAACUCCUCCUGUUGUGUAAUCCCAUUACAUUUAUUCAGAAGAUUUUAUUCAAUGGGACUGGCUUCCGGGUAAGAGUUCUUAGGAUUGCAGCUUUAGUCUCAUUCCUUUCCUUUAUCCCUUAUUAGGUGUGUCAGUUGCACGAUCAGUAAGGCAUUCCAAUUUUAGCCAUUCCUAAGUAGAUGAAGCAACUGCUUUCCACUUGGAUGCUUUUUCAGUUCUUUCUGUAAGGACUGUGUUAGUCACUGUUUUCCUUUUCUAUGUCAUCGUGAAUACAUGCCGCCAAAAUGGCCACAGGCUCUGUCCUGGAUAUAUUAUUCAU